AUGCAGAGGUCUACAGCGAGCCCUGUUGCCAGUACAAGCAUUUUGCGAUCUCUUCCCAGAAAAGUGUGUCUCGUGAACGAGUACAAGAUCUUGGCUUUUGUUCUUGAUAUGGGUUCUAAUGUGGCCGGGAUCGUAAGGAGUGGGGACGGAGAUGGUAUGGUUAUGUUCGACAAUCUGUUGCCUCGUCAUGAGAGCCACCUCGCAACCAUUCCUUGGACCAAUGUUUUCAUGGAAGUAAUGCAGACAAUUUUGAAAGUAUCAAGGAUGAAGGGAUAUGCCAGUAGGCUGCAGGCAUGUAAAAAGAAGAAUGGACACAUCGGUUCCAAACGUAAUAAGGUAAAGCUCGCUCUGAACAUAAUGAAGCUUGGAAAUGCCCAUGCCCUUGUCGUGCAAAGCAACUUCGAUGAGUUGACGUACGCAUCGGCGCCACUCCGUGUGAAUUUGAUAAACAAUCACGUCGCGGUUUUGGGGGAAUUUCGUCAUGACAUGAAGGCUCUGGUAAUCGAAGAGUUCUACGAGCAGGUUUCCGUAGUCACGAAAGUUAAAGUCAGAGCCAAGGAUGGAGAUUAUGGAGAGAUGUCGAUAGUAUACAAUGCUUGUAAGACCUCUAGUCUCUGGGUUACGAACUCGUGA